AGCCUCGUUAGCCCCGUUAGCCCCGUUAGCCUCGUUAGCCUCGUUAGCUCCGUUAGCUCCGUUAGCUCCGUUAGCUCCGUUAGCUCCGUUAGCUCCGUUAGCUCCGUUAGCUCCGUUAGCUCCGUUAGCUCCGUUAGCUGUUAUUCCCAAAGAUCUUGAACUCCUCAUUCAGACUCAUGAUGCUGGCAAAAUAUCACAUCCACAAAACCAAAUGGUCUCAAAAUAAACCAAAUACUCAUCAAUAUAAUAACGAAAUCCAACAAUACUUUUAGACAAUACAACAGGUCCAAAAUAAAAAAGCAAUUAAAACUUACAAUGUCUAUAAAAAAUAUUGUAUAGCUUUAUUUAAUUUAUGAUAUUCUGUUUUAUUUUGUUAUUCUGUUGUUUAGUUUAGGUUAUUUUAAUAGAUCCAUGUUUUGGUUUCAUUCCUUCUGCUCCCCUGUAUGUUCAUUUGCAAACCACCCUCAUAAUGCAGUAUGUUUAUGUGUUUAUGUAUAUUUAUGUAUGUUUAUGUGAGUUUAUGUGUGUUUAUGUGAGUUUAUGUAUGUUUAUGUAUGUUUAUGUGUGUUUAUGUGUGUUUAUGUGAGUUUAUGUAUGUUUAUGUGAGUUUAUGUAUAUUUAUGUGAGUUUAUGUGUGUUUAUGUGAGUUUAUGUAUGUUUAUGUGAGUUUAUGUAUGUUUAUGUGAGUUUAUGUGAUUUUAUGUAUGUUUAUGUGAGUUUAUGUGUAUGAGUGUAUAUGUAUAUUUAUGUGUGUUUGUGAGUUUAUGUGUAUGAGUGUAUAUGUAUAUUUUCCAUACCUCACUCCUGCCUUAACUGUGAACUGGACUUUGCAUUGAUGCAACAAUGACAUACAACAAAUCAAACAACAAUCCAAUCUGCACCUUAUACUGUAUAUACAUUGGUUGUUUUGUCUUGUUGUUAUAUGUCUGCCAUUAAAAAAAAAAUCUGAAAAAAAAAAAAAAAAAAGCUCCGUUAGCCUCGUUAGCUUCGUUAGCCUCGUUAGCUCCGUUAGCUCCGUUAGCCUCGUUAGCUCCGUUAGCCACAUUAGCUCCGUUGUCCGGAGCUGGUUCGGACUAAACUCGUGUGUAAAAUGUCCGUGUGCGGGAAUCUCCGGGCUCUGGUGUCUGCGCGCCUCUCUGCGGCUGCGGAGGACAUCUUUGCGCUCUUUGAGAAAACCAUAGCGGAAUAUGAACAACAACUGCGCCAAAUACAAGAGCCCCGCGCGCCGCAGCCCCCGCGCCGGGACUGCGCCGCGGACGGCCCGGGGAAGAGGCACGGAGCCCCGGGGAGCCUUCACCAAGCGGGUGUCCAGGCGGCGUUCGUGAGUUCGCACACAGAAACUCCUCGGGUGAAAGAGGAGCCUCAGGAGGAGCAGACGAGGCUCGUGAGCUCGGACGCAGAAAGUCCUCGGGUGAAAGAGGAGUCGCGGGAGGAAGAGCGCCACCUGCAGCUCAGUGUGUGUGUGAAGCGCGAGGAGGAGCCCACGGAGCCGACUCAGAUGCAGGGGCAGGACGUCAGCGCCGAGACAUGGGGACAAACGGGCGAGGACGAGGACUGGAGCGCUCCUUUCAGCUGUUCAGAGGCUUACGCAGGAGAUUACGGAGACUUCAGAGCCGAGUACGCGCCAAACUCAGGUCCAUUUGGGGAUUUCAGUCCUGCUCCAGAACCAAGUGUCUCUGAGUGGACCCGAGACACGCCCGCGGACACGCCCACGGACACGCCCACGGACACGCCCACAGAGAAACCCACAGAGACGCCCCGGGCUCCGCUAAAAAAGCACCAGUGUCCUCUGUGUUUUAAAACGUUCCUCAGUAAAAGUAAUUUAGAACGACACAGCACCGUUCACUCCGGGGAAAAACCUUUCAGCUGCUCAGUCUGUAACAAGCGCUUCAACACAAAGUCGUACCUCAUCGUUCACCUGAGGAGCCACACGGGCGAGAGACCUUACAGCUGUCCCUUCUGCGGCAAAGGUUUUUCUCACAAAAGCGCCUUCAACUUCCACGUCCAGACGCACAGCAAAGAGAGACCUUACAGCUGUUCGGUGUGCGGGCGGAGCUUCACGGUGGAGGCGUACCUCAAAGUGCACAUGAAGACGCACAGCGCGGACAGACCUUUCAGCUGUUCGGUGUGCGGCGCUCGUUUCGGCCGGACCAGCAGCCUCCAGAGUCACAUGACCACGCACUCCGGAGUGAAGCAGUUUGUGUGCGGCGUCUGCGGCCUCGACUUCACACGCAAACAGAACCUGGACUCGCACCAGCGCAAACACUGCGCAGAGGGAACUUUCAGCUGUUCAGUCUGACACAACCACACCACCUCAACACCUUUCAGCUGUUCAGUCUGAUAUAACCACCUAGAGAACUUUCAGCUGUUCAGUAAACCAUCCAGCUCAGGUCAAAGUUCAUGUGUAAAUGUGUGUUUAGGAUCAAGAACCUUUCAGCUGUACAGAGCAGUUUCACUAAAGCCUCGUGUGAAAUAAAAAAUAAUAUUGAAACAAAUGUUUGCAUGACACGAUUUUCUCUGUUUUUGUGAAAGAAACUCUUAUUAAAAC